UCUCUCUCUCUCUCUCUCUCUCUCUCUCUCAUCUAUAAUCACAGUAUGAAGAAAGAAGAAUCCCUUGUAAAUUAAGGAAGAACAAAGGCCAUCAGUGUUUCUUCUCCAUUACCAUUAGAGAGUAGAGACCCAAAAAGGCAAAAGUUACAGAGGGUGAGUGAGUUUUGGUGUCUGUUCUUGCUCAAUAUACAGGGAUAGAUCUCCAUCAAGCAGCAAUGACUCAAUUCUUCAGAGAUAGAAUUCUGGGAGAGUCUAAGAAAGAUGUGGGAAGUAACGGUACUUUGCCAGCUUCAGAUCUUCCCUCUCCGUUCGGCGAAUUUCGUGGGAAUUUAUCUGAUUCGGAACUCCGAGAGACCGCUUAUGAAAUAUUCGUCAGCGCUUGUAGAUCUUCCAGUGGAAAGACAUUGACUUUCAUUCCACAAUCAGAGAAAAAUGAGAGGUCGCCGUCUCCGUCGUUGCUCUCUUAUGCUUCUUCUGUUUCACCUUCUUCUACUUCGCCUUCCUUGCAGAGAACACUCACUUCUACUGCUGCUAGUAAUUUUAAGAAGGCAUUGGGGUUGAGAUCUUCGAAGAAGAGUCCGGGAAAGGAGAGUAGUCCGUCCAAGUCGAAGAAGCCCGCCACUGUUGGGGAGCUUAUGAGGGCUCAGAUGGGUGUUUCCGAGCAGACAGAUGCCAGGAUUAGGAGGGGCUUGCUGAGAAUUUCUGCAGGGCAGGUUGGAAGGCGCAUCGAGUCGAUGGUUCUGCCACUGGAGCUAUUGCAACAGUUCAAGUCUUCAGAUUUCACUGACCAGCAAGAAUAUGAAGCCUGGCAGAUGAGAAAUCUGAAGGUUCUUGAGGCUGGACUACUCCUGCAUCCUCAUCUGCCUCUUGACAAGUCUGAUACAGCAUCCCAACGGCUUCGGCAGAUCAUUGCUGGUGCUUCUGAGAGACCCAUAGAAACUGGGAAGAACAAUGAAUCGAUGCAAGCCCUUCGAAGCACUGUAAUGUCUCUUGCUUUCAAAUCUUCUGAUGGUUCUGCCUCAGAGACAUGCCACUGGGCAGAUGGGUUUCCAUUUAACCUUCGACUCUACCAAAUGCUUUUAGAAGCUUGUUUUGAUGCUAACGAAGGAACAACUGUUAUUGAGGAGGUUGAUGAAGUUAUAGAACUUAUAAAGAAGACUUGGGUGAUGCUUGGAAUGAAUCAAAUGCUCCAUAACCUCUGCUUUUCUUGGAUUUUGUUUCACCGUUAUAUUACAACUGGGCAAGUAGAAAAUAACCUAUUACUUGCCGCCAAUAAUCAGUUAGUAGAAGUCACCAAAGAUGCGAAGUUAACGAAAGAUCCAGUGUACUCAAAGGUCUUGAGUCCGACAUUGAGUUCAAUACUGGGGUGGUCAGAAAAAAGGCUUCUUGCUUACCACGACACAUUCAACCGCACAAAUCUUGAGUCCAUGGAGAGUAUUGUUUCUUUGGGGGUAACUUCAGCCAAGAUCCUAGUGGAAGAUAUCUCUCACGAAUAUCGCAGGAAAAGAAAAGAAGAAGUUGAUGUGGCUCGCAACAGGGUUGACACUUACAUUAGAUCUUCUCUGCGCACAGCUUUUGCCCAGAGAAUGGAGAAGGCAGACUCAAGCAGAAGGUCAUCAAAAAAUCUGCCCAAUCCUCUUCCUGUCCUUUGCAUCCUUGCGAAGGACAUUGGUGAGCUGGCAGCUAAUGAGAAGGAGGUGUUUAGUCCCAUAUUGAAGAGAUGCCAUCCUUUUGCGGCAGGUGUUGCUGUCGCCACUCUUCAUGCUUGCUAUGGGAAUGAGCUGAAGCAAUUUGUUUCGGGUAUAACAGAGCUCACGCCUGAUGCUGUACAAGUGUUGAGAGCUGCAGACAAGUUGGAGAAAGAUCUUGUGCAGAUUGCUGUUGAAGAUUCUGUGGACAGUGAAGAUGGUGGCAAGGCAAUAAUCCGUGAGAUGCCUCCUUAUGAGGCUGAUAUUGCAAUUGCCAAUCUUGUGAAGGUAUGGAUCAAAACAAGAGUGGACACGAUGAAGGAAUGGGUGGACAGUAAUCUGCAGAAGGAGGUAUGCAAUGUCUGGCUCCUUUCUUGUAUGUGUUUCUCCCUUUCAGAGUUUAUUACCAUUUGCUUUUUGAUUGACAUGUUUACAAAUUAUCUAACGGUACUAGGAGAUAAUUUGUUCUAUCGCUUCGAUAUUAUGGUAAUUAGGUUUUAUUGGAACAACUAAAUCACGAGAGGCAGG